AUGGUCAACACUUUUGCUUCCUGGCUUCGGAAACAAACUACAUGCCCAUUUGAAGCUUCGGAUCAUAUAUCAUAUCAUCAUGCAUCACGCUUGGGGCUGUCUCCUGAACAAUUUCACCCAUCAAUCGACCACAUCCUACGCGCACGUAGUUGA